UCACACUCCAUUGUCCAUGGCGCCUCCGUGGCAGAACGGGUGGCUUUUGCCACAAGGGAUGACAGAGCUCGUGGCGCCACAUGGGAAGUUUGGUUUUUUUUCCACUCUGGGACUCAGCCCUGCAGGGCUCAGUGCUGCAGCUUCGCAGACCUUAGCGGAUUUGAGCGACAUCCUCAAGUGCGAUGGAGGUUGCACCAUGGAAGACUGGCAACACUUUGCCGCCAGUGGUGUCUUCCAGGGCCAGUGGAGAUCGUGGCUGAGACCGCUGACCGAUGCCGAUGGAAAUUGCUGGGAGGUGCCUCCUGUUGAGCUGGAAGCGGUACGCUUGCGUUUCGGCUCUGGCUCUUGCAGCGCCCUUCCACUAGCACAGCUUUCCGUGGCUUCCGAAGCAUCUUUGUGGUUGCUGUGCAGACCAUUGGCCUUGCUGUUUGGCCUGGCGCUCUUGGAGGA